UGUCCAAUUACAGCUGUAUCCCAACUCCAGAGGCAACCGCUUCCCAGAUACAACCGGUACCAUCAUCACUCCAACCGACGCUGAAACCUGCAAAAGCGAAACCACGUUAACCGGUUCCCUUACCCCCUAUCCCUGGCAGAUAUAAGGAAACGCAAGCACGCUCGAACGACCCAAUGCUCCACCACAAAAUAACUCACCAACAACCGCAAACACAAACACAGACCCUUCCCUUCCUUCCUCCCUCCCUCAUUCCCUUCUUCAAUUUCAUCAACACAACCAUCAAUUUCAUCAACCAUCGCAUAAUAAUAGUAUUAUCAUGAUAGCCGUGGCCCGAAAGGACAUGGACCGGAUCAAGGGCCCGUGGAGCCCGGAGGAGGACGAGGCCCUUCAGAAGCUUGUGGAGCGGCACGGGCCCAGAAACUGGUCGCUCAUCAGCAGGUCCAUUCCGGGCCGGUCUGGGAAGUCAUGCAGGCUUCGGUGGUGCAACCAGCUGUCGCCCCAGGUCGAGCACCGGGCCUUCACACCGGAAGAGGACGAGACCAUUAUUCGGGCCCAUGCCCGGUUUGGUAACAAGUGGGCCACCAUUGCGCGCCUCCUCUCGGGCCGCACCGAUAACGCCAUCAAGAAUCACUGGAACUCAACCCUAAAACGCAAGUGCGCGUCCUUCAUGAUGGCGGGUGAUGAAGCCGUCGCCGUGAGUCCGAGGCCGCUCAAGCGAUCCUUCAGCGCCGGCGCGGCGGUGCCUCCUCCCGGAAGCCCCUCCGGAUCCGAUUUCAGCGAGUCCAGCGCUCCCGGCGUGGUCUCGGUCUCUCCUUCGCACGUGUUUCGCCCCGUGCCGGUUCGGCCGAUUGUUGAAACGGCGUCGUCGCAAGACGAUGCCGACGAUGCCGGACCCGCGACUUCGCUGUCGCUGUCUCUUCCCGGUGUGGAGUCGGCGGAAAUUUCAAAUCGCGCAACUACGGUGCCGGUGAUGCCGGUGAAUACCGUUGCGGCUCCGGCACCGGUUCCGGCGGAGGUUGGAUUGGGAGCGUUGAAUUUGAGUGGAGAGUUUAUGGCGGUGAUGCAUGAGAUGAUAAGGAAGGAGGUGAGGAGUUACAUGGAGCAGCAGAAGAAUGGGAUGAUGUGUUUUCAGGGUAUGGAAAUGAUGGAAGGGUUUAGGAACGUGUCGGUGAAGCGAAUUGGGAUUAGCAGGGUGGAUUCGUAAUUAUUAUGACCUAUUUAGUGUUUUCACAAAAUGAGGUUUAUUAAGAACUUCGAUCAAGGGAGGGAAGAGAGAAAAAAAAAAAAGAAGGAAGCUGUUUUCCUUUUUAAUUUUUAUUUUUAGGGAAUAAUAAUAUUGGAUAGUGUACAGUGGGAACGAGACGAGAGAAGACAAGAGUAGUAGCAUGGAAUGGAAUGAUGGAAAGUGAAAUUUCAUGGCAAAUUUGAAAUUUCUUUGGCUUGUGUUCUGAACCUCUUUGGAUUAUCCUGUGCUUCAGGGUCUAUUUAGUUUGGAAAAGACAUAAAAAUGAGGGGUUAGAUGGAGAAAAAGGAAAGGGUAGGAUUUAAAAAAUUGAAUGAAAUAUCCUCAAAUUUUCAAUAUUGAGUUCAUUUUACUUUCAUAUCUGCAGAAGCAUGAUGUAAAUAUUUGUUUUCGUUCAAAUCCAAAAUUAGCAAAUAGUGUUUUAGUGCAGCAA